AUGGUCAACCAAGGGCGUUGGACGGUCGUCUUCGCUCUGCUCGUCAUCAACAAGGCCGGCGGACUCAUCUACAACCGCAACUUUGCGCCGGGCCUCCAGCAACUCAGCUCCAACGACUAUCUCAUUCUGGCCGGUACCUUUCACGGCAUCCAUGCCAUCUCGCGCUCCCUGUCCCCCGUCGCACCCCCUCCUGCACCGCCUGGCAAUCGCGCCAACCAAGCCACCGGCAUCCAGUCGCUCGAGUCGUCGCAUUUCCGUCUGACCUGUUUCCAAACUCCCACCGGCACAAAGUUCCUUCUCUUCACCAGCCCCGAGCAACCCAACACAGACCAGAUUGCUCGCAGAUGCUACGACAUCUAUGCCGACUACGUCAUGGCCAACCCCUUUUACAGUCUCGAGAUGCCCAUUCGCGUCGACAAGUUUGACAGAGCUCUGGCCGCCUACUUGAUCCGUCCUUGA